CGAAUCGAUUCAAAAACAACCGGUUGACAAAAAACGACUCGCUCGAGAACCGGGCAUCACUACAGUCGAAAGUAGAGCACAGACAACAGCAUCAGUAACGAUAGUUGAAUGAGACAGACUCUGAUCCACACCGGGAAUAUUUCACACCACACAGCUGCUUCGCAAAGCACCGCCUCAUCGCGGGCUUCAAAAUUCUCCAAAGUGCCCGAGGAGACAAAUGCAAAAAAGCUACACAAUAAUGGAUGAGCGGAACGGCCAAUCUACGAUACAGACACUUUUUUGCAUUUCUCAUUUCCUUUGAUGAGUAUGUAGGAUCGUUUUUCCUUUUGCAGCGCGGGACACAGAUCCUUUACUGGGAUGUUUUUGUGCAAUUUGUCGGAUUAGUCCGAUUCACGGCUGCCUUACAGAAUUGACGUGUUUAAAUAGGCUACUGUAGUUUAAAAAAAUGAAUGUGCUGUGGAUUAAUAAUCCGGUACCGGGAAGACACGGACACAAGCGUUUUGACACGGAUGAGCCGGUGGCAAAAUGUCCCAGGCUCAGCGAGUCCUCGGGAGAUGCGGGUUUGCUGGGUUCUUCACCGGGAUCUCCGGUCAGCGGAGCGUCUCUGAGCGUCAGCCCAACCCACCAGGGUCCCACUCACAUCGGCCAGUUCUUGCUGGUGCCCCUGACCGAUCGACCGGGGGUGCACAGCGCUUUAGAUUUGGACACGGGAGAGGAACUUGUCUGUAAGGUGUUUAAUAUGGGCCAAUACCAGGAGAAAAUCAGAGCCUACAGCAUGCUGCCAAGGCACAAGAACAUUGCACAGAUCAAAGACAUAGUUAUUGGGGAGAGCAAAGCCUAUGUGUUCCAGGAGAAAGAUUUUGGCGACAUGCACACCUUUGUAAAGAGCAACAAAAGGCUUUCUGAAGACCUGGCUUCCAAGCUGUUCUACCAGGUGGCAUCUGCCGUGAACCACUGCCACCAGGGCGGCAUUGUUUUGGGGGACCUUAAGCUUCGCAAGUUUGUGUUCUCAGAUGAAAAAAGGACUCAUUUGAAACUAGAGGGCCUAGAAGACUGCCACAUUCUAUCCGGAGAGGACGACUCGAUGUUCGACACGCACGGCUGCCCGGCAUACGUGAGCCCCGAGAUAUUGAACGGCGGAGGCAGCUACUCAGGAAAGCAGGCGGACGCGUGGAGCCUCGGAGUUAUGCUAUACACGAUGCUUGUGGGCCGCUACCCUUUCCACGACCCGGACCCCGCAAGCCUUUUCUCCAAGAUCCGACGGGGCACGUACUGCCUCCCCGAUGGGUUGUCUCUGAGGGCACGUUGUCUGCUUCGCAGUCUGCUCAGAAGGGACCCUAGCGAGAGACUCACCGCCGCGGAGGUUCUCAUUCACCCGUGGUUCCAAGGCAACACGCAGGACACGGGAAAUGCAGAACACGAAGUCAAUCUCAGAGAACAGACAGUGCCCCAGUUUGAAGUAGAGCCGGACGAGGACCUGUUCUCCUGAGAAAACCAAGCUUGAAUGGGGACCAAAAUAUUGUCUUGGUAUUUUUGUGUUUUCUAAUUUUAUUUCUAGUACAUUUUCUAAGUAUACUUAGUGAAUACUUAACAGUACUGUAUCAUCUGUGUCAGGUUUAGGAACAGCGUGCAGCCAGCGUAUUUGAAGUCAUUUGGUGCUAGUGAAUCGUUCUUGUGCUGUAUGAAGUGAAUGCUGAGACUGGGCAUUAUGGGUCAUGUGAUAGUAAGAAUGUCGACAUGGUGACUAACCUCAAAGGGGACUCAGAACAUAUUAGCUGCAAAGGAGGGGGAAGACAGACAUGGGCCAGACCUGUGUCUUAACCCUUCGCUUAACACCAGACAUGUAUGUUAACUCAGCCAUUGAAUACUGCAAUACCAUGUACAUGUCUUUAAUACAAGGGGACUGAAGAUUACAAGAAAAUAUCCACAAAUAAGCUGUGCCAUAUUCACAUAUGCCUUUUAGAACUGCUAAACUGUAUAGAAAAGACAAAAGUCAGCCAAUGAUUUUUAAGAUUUUUGGUACUGUAAGCUAUACCAAAAUAUUAGUCUUGGGUAACUACAAAAAUUAGAUGUGAUGGUAAAGGACUAAAGAUGGUAAAGAUGCCAAAAUGUAUUAAAGAUGUCCAAUAAACAGUCUAGAAAUUUUCAUGGUGAACCUUUGGAUAGAUACUAACCUGUAGGAAAGAAAAACUGCAAAGAUCUUCCUAAAGUGAGACUAAAAAGUGAGAAAAUAGAUUUUCGUUCUUGCUUGUAUGAUUUUUCACUUGAUCUCACAUGUCUCCUGUUUCAAAAAAGAUCUCUACAAUGUCUACAACUGUGAUCAGAUUUGCCAAGAUAACAGUCUGCAAGUCAGAGAUUUCAAAAAAUCUCAAACAUUUCUCACUAAACUGAAUCAUCUCAGCCAUCCACAUUUGUUUUAUAGCUCAAUACUCAUGCCAACUAUUUCCCAUUAUUUUAUUUCCCCAUUGUUUCUAAGGUAUUUAAGAAAAAUUAUGAGACUAUAUUAAAGGUAAGCGAGAUCUCAGAGCUAUAAAUAAGCAAACCAUGAGAGUUAUAAUCUUUCCUCAGAAAAAAUAGUAUUUAUUUUAGUAAAUCCCUGCUGUACCGUAAUCUCUCUUCCAGUCAGUGUGUCUGUAUCAAAAUCCAAAGGAUUCAAAAACAUUGAAAACAAGAAUAUGGCGGGUCAGUUGUGAGUGCGAAGAUAAAUACUAGAAUGACUCAACAGGGUGUUGGUGAACAGAAGAGGAAUGGGCUGAGAUUGCCAUGUUCAGUAUGACUAUGUGUAUCUUCACUCUCACUAUAAAGAAAAGAGUACUACAAUAGCGUUACUGUAAGGGCAGAGUUCCUAUAGAGGUCUGUUUUUGCUUCCUCUCACAUCUGAAUACAAGCAUAAUGGUUCUGUCCGACUUUUAUGGUUUCUGAAAGGCUCUUUAGAAGCAAAGCCUCUGAUAGGCUGGAGGGCAUGCAGAACGUCUGUCUCAUGCACGCAGCACAUGGAGAAAGCUGACACGGGUGCACAAAGUUCAUAUUGCACUGUGAAUUAUGUAUUUGUGACGUAAACCUCAAGGCUUGACCGUGAGGGUGUAAUGGUUAAAAUUCAUUGUAAAAAAAUUUGCAUGUGUAAAUAUGUACAUUUUAAAUGUGUGGACAAAAUAAAGUCUUUUUCUUAUUCUUA